CCAGACUAUCUGGCCUUAACGGGGAACACACACACACCCCCACACACACACACGCACACACGCUCAAAAUCAAGGAGGGAGUGUGAGAUUUGACAGAGGGAGGAGGAAAUAUAAAAUCCUCCACAAUAGAAUUGCAGGAGUUAUUUUUUGUCAUGAUUGCAGUAAGUUUGACAAGCAACGUGUGUGUGUUGAUUUGUGUUUGAGGAUCAUCAGCAUGGCGCGGAGGUGGUGGGCUCUUCUCGCCGUCGUUUACCUGUCCAGCCUGCAAGCGGCCGCUCGGCACCAGAGGAAAGCUCUGUAUCCGUCUGCGUACUUGAUAAAGCGUGGGGCGUGCUCCCUGAUCAAUCCCACCUUCCUGCACUCAGAGGAGGACGCUAAGCUGCUGUUUGAGAUUCUUCUUGCCGGAAUGCAGAUCCAAGGUCAAGAGCGCCCUCUGCUGAUCCCAGAUGAGGAGCUGGCCUCCCUGAAAAGCGUGAAAACCCUAGAAGUUAUCUGCGAGGAUGUGCUGCCGAAGAAGCUUUCCGAUAUCCGCCGCCUUAUGGCGGACCUGGCCCAGCGGCGGCGACCGCUCGGCUGGCAGGACUUUGAGAGAACGGUGCUGACUUUAGUCUACAGCUCACAGGUACUCAGUCAGAUCAGCAACCAGCACCAGAAGGAGCUGUGGAUGGAGACGUUGGUACAACUGGUCCGUGCUGUUCAACGAGACCUCACACCGACCUGAGAAAAACUGAGCUUCCAUCUCUACAACAGCUUAUUAGGGACAAUAUAGAUAGAAAAAGAAGAAAUAAAUUUCUGUCAAAAACUCAGAAAUGUUCAAGAAGAAACAAGGACAUUUGUAAAAUACUAAAGACGAAAACUUUAACUUUAAUGGCUGCAGUAGUUUGACCCUUUCCCUGCCUGUUUGAUGUUUUCAAAUAACUUUCAAUGUUUUUCUCUGUCUAAAAACGAUUUCUCAGCUCAUUUAAAUGACUUCCAAAAGCUAUUUUACAUAAAAAGCGAAUAGCGCAUCAAUAUCCUUGAUUGCUCGUUUAAGAAAACGAAGAAACGUCUGAAGGUUUGCUUCAAAGGGCCCAAUUUUUCCCCUCUUAAUGCCGGAAAAGAGAUUUCUUCUAAUAAGGUUUUUGUGGAUUACUUAUUUCAGAGUUGAUGGAGGGUAGUUAUGGAUCUUUUGAGUGGUUUUCUCUCCUUCAUGGAAUUAGUUUUGCUUUUGCUUUCACUUUUAUUUGUUUUAUGCUUACACAACAAUUUUCAGGUUUCAUUUUUUCAAGGAUAGACCUAGUGAAAAAAAAAUGGAAAGGAAAAAAGAAAACGAUAUUCAAACUCUUUCUGGUUAUAACUUGAAGCCGAGUACAAUUUAAUUGUAUAGGGAGAAUAACAUUGGUGCUUAUUGUGCAGCAUUUAGUGUAAAAAUAACAAUAGAGGAUUUACAAAAGGUUAACCCCUUCAUAAACUAGAGAUUUUGUGCACAAAUAAAAUAAGAAUGUUUGAAGGAGUGUAGACGGAGCUUUCCUUUAUAUGAAAAUUGCAUCAGGUAGCACGGUGGGGGUGGAGUCAUGCUGUGGGUUUAACUACCACUAACACUGGAACAUUGCAUAAAUUGGCUGGAAAACAAUGAAGGUUGAAUUCAUUAACUUUGUCUCACAUCAACAGCUUGGUGGCUCAAAUGUGGACAAAAUUCUGCAUUCUCAUCAGCUUAUUUCUGAAUGGAGUGACAUUAAAUUCAGGAUUUACCUUAUAGGAAUAUAAAGUUAUGUUUAAAAACUGGAAGUGUACCAGGAAGUCCUCAGAGUUUAAUCUUUACACUUUCCACCAAUCCGAUUGGUCAGAAAUUCAACCAGAAUUUCUCCAGAAGUUGUUUCUGAUGAAAAAAAAAGCAAGUCAAGUUGCAUCUCAUCAAAUAUUAGUGGAAAUUUAUUAAUAUUUUCCAGUCUGUAUGUAUAAUUUUGACCCUAUGUGAAGUAUCAAAAAUGUAUAGAAAAUGUAAAUUGCUGCUCAAACGUUUGUAUUUUCUUUUUUGAUCCUCAUUGUUGCCAUUACAUCCUGAAACGGUUAAAAAACUACAAUUUAAUGGGAAUCACAAGCCUGUUGUAAGUUUAGAUGAACUUUUUAUCUAUGAUAUUUUUUCCUAGGUUUGUAUAUCAGUCACUAGUUUUCUGCUGAAGAGAUUGAGCUAAAGAGGAGAAGUCCAUUUUGGUUCUGAUGCAGAUUU